AUGAGUGAGAGACGGAUAAGUGUGUGUCAGCAAACUAAAGCUCUACUGUAUACAAACUUUCUUAAAAAAUGGAGGAUGAAAAGAGAAAGCUUAUUGGAAUGGCUCAUCUCCUUACUUCUAUUAUUGUAUUUGUUCCUCUUUUCAAAAUAUAAUCAAGUUAAUCACUUUUCUGAACUGUCUCCCAUGCCCCUGGGUCGAGUAGAUAAGUUUAAUGACUCUGACUUAGUGGUUGCUUACACACCAAUCUCCAACACAACCCAGAAGAUCAUGGAUAAAAUGGCAGCUGCGCCCUUCAUGAAAGGACGAAAAGUCAUUGGGAUGCUGAAUCAAGAAGCAAUGGAUGCAAUAAUUCCAAAAAAUUAUUCUGAAAUGGUGGGAAUCAUCUUCAUGGAUAAUUUCUCCUAUGAGUUGAAGUUCAAUUGGGGAUAUAGGACACCUGUUAUGAAGGAACAUUUAGACCAUUCAGCUCACUGUUUUGAGACAUAUGGAGAAAUCACAUGUUCCCUUACAAGCUACUGGGAAAGAGGUUUUGUUGCUUUUCAAGCUGCCAUUAAUGCUGCUAUAAUAGAAAUUGCUACAAAUCAUUCAGUGAUGGAUAUGCUCAUGGCGGUAUCUGGUAUAAACAUGAAGACGUUACCUUUUAUUGCCCAAGGAGGAUUUCUAAAUGAGAUCUUUAUUUUCUUCUGCAUAAUUUCUUUUUCACCACUGAUAUAUUUUGCAUCACUCAAUGUUACAAGAGACAGAAAAAACAUUAAAGAGUGGAUGACAAUGAUGGGUCUCCAAAGUUCAGCAUUCUGGCUUUCCUGGGGUUUGUUGUAUGCUGGCUACAUCUUCAUUAUGGCCAUAUUUCUAGCACUUGUGACAUCUACUCAUCUUGUCAUCAUGACUGGCUAUUUUGUGUUAUUCACCCUAUUUCUUCUAUAUGGUUUGUCUUCGAUAGCUUUUGCCUUCCUUCUUUGUGUAUUGAUAAAGAAACCUCUGCUUACCGGAUUGAUUGCCUUCCUCCUCUCUGUGUUUUGGGGAUGUUUGGGAUUUGCUACAUUGUACAAGCAGCUUCCUACAUCUUUGGAAUGGAUUUUAAGUCUCCUUAGCCCUUUUGCCUUUAGUGCUGGCAUGGUGCGGAUUGUCCUCCUGGAUUAUGAUUUAAGAGGUGUUACCUUUCCUGAUCCUACAGGAGACUCAUAUCUAAUCCUAGCAACGUUUUCCAUAUUGCUUUUUGAUAUUCUUUUCUAUUUGGCAUUGAUGUUGUAUUUUGACAAAAUCUUGCCUAAUGAAUAUGGACGUCGAGAAUCUCCCUUGUUUUUCCUUAAGUCUUCAUUUUGGUUCCAAAAGCAAAAGGUUGUUCAUGAGGUUCUGGAGAAUGAAAUCAAUCCCGAGUAUUACUCUGACUUUUUUGAACCAAUAUCACCAGAAUUCCAUGGAAAAGAAGCCAUCAGAAUCAGAAACAUUCGAAAAGAAUUUAAAGCGAAGCUUGAAAAAGUAGAAGCUUUGAAAGGUUUGCUUCUUGAUAUCUAUGAAGGCCAGAUCACUGCAAUACUUGGCCACAGUGGAGCUGGAAAAUCAAGCCUGUUAAAUAUUCUUAGUGGACUAUCAGUUCCAACAGAAGGUUCAGCCACCAUCUAUAAUAAUAAACUCUCUGAAAUAAAUGAUUUGGAAAAAAUAAGGAAGAUCAUUGGUGUUUGUCCACAAUGCAAUGUUCAACUUGACUUUCUUACUGCAAGAGAAAAUCUCAGGCUAUUUGCUAAAAUUAAAGGGAUUCGUCCACAGAAGGUGGAGCAAGAGGUACAGCGAAUUUUAAAACAACUGGAAAUGAAAAAUAUUCAAGAUAUCAUUGCAAUAAAUUUAAGUGGUGGACAAAAAAGAAAGUUAUCCUUUGGGAUUGCCAUUUUAGGAGAUCCUCAGGUAUUGCUGUUAGAUGAACCAACUGCUGGACUAGAUCCUUUUUCAAGGCAUCAAGUAUGGAACCUUCUUAAGGAGCGGAAAUCAGAUCGUGUGAUCCUCUUCAGUACCCAGUUCAUGGAUGAGGCUGAUCUCCUUGCUGAUCGGAAAGUGUUUAUAUCCAAUGGGAGGUUGAAGUGUGCAGGAUCCUCACUGUUUCUGAAGAGGAAAUGGGGGAUUGGAUAUCACUUAAGUUUGCAUAGAAAUGAGAUAUGUGAUCCAGAAAAAAUAACAUCACUUGUCAAACACCAUAUCCCUGAUGCCAGAUUAGCAGCAGAGAGUGAAGAAAAACUUGUGUAUACAUUACCUUUGGAAAGGACUAGUAAAUUUCCAGACCUUUACAGUGAUCUGGAUAAUUGUUCUGACCAAGGAAUUGUGAACUAUGGUAUAUCUGUGACAACUUUGAAUGAAGUAUUCCUACAACUAGAAGGAAAAACAACCGAUGAAUCAGCAAAUCUGAUGAGCAUGCAUGGAAUCUAUGCUUUUAUUCAAGUCACUGUUAAAGAUAUUAAAAAAUUAUUGGUAUUUGGAAUUGGUUACUUCCCUUUCAUUAUGGAAAACAUACUGUAUAGAGUGUUUCGUCAAACCAAUUCUUGGGGGAUUUCUCCUAACAUGUAUUUCCUCUCUCCUGGACAACAUCCACAAACCCCUCCUCUCACUAAUCUAUUGGUUGUCAAUAAUACAGGGUCAAACCUUGAAGAUUUUGUAAGUUCAUUGAGGCGUCAGAAUAUUGUUUUGGAUGUAGUUAACUUUAGAAAUAAAAAUGGUAUAGAAGAUCCAUCAUAUAAUGGAGCCAUCAUAAUCUCUGGUAAACAAAAGCAUUACAGAUUUUCAGUUGCAUGCAAUACUAAGAGGCUGAACUGUUUUCCUGUACUCAUGGGUAUUAUUAGCAAUGGACUACUUGGAAUUUUUAACCCAUCAGAGCAUAUUCAAACAAAGAGGAGCACAUUUUUUCAUGAUGAUGUAUCUAUAGGGGUUGGUAUUAUGGAGACAUCCUUUUUCUGUAUGUUCAUUGCAACCAGCAUUUCUCCUUAUAUUGCAAUGGGCAGCAUUAGUGAUUAUAAGAUAAAAGCUCAGUCCCAGCUAUGGAUUUCAGGACUCUAUCCAUCAGCAUACUGGUGUGGGCAGGCAUUGGUGGAUAUUCCUUUAUAUUGCUUGAUUCUCUUUUUAAUGUAUGUCAUUAACUAUCUUAUAAAUACUACAGCUGAAGGCUGGCCAACAAAUCUAAUCCUGUUUGCUCAGAUCCUGUGUACUAUUGGUUAUUCAUCAUCUGUUGUUGUCUUCACAUAUGUGAUUUCAUUCAUUUUUCGCAAGAAGAGAAAAAAUAGUGGCCUUUGGUUUUUUUGCUUUUUUAUUGUCUCUAUAUUCUUGUUUGGCAUCCUUUUGUUAAAUGACUUUGAAUUAUUCAUCAUGAUUCCUUGUAUGAUAUUAGUGCCUCUGUACACACUGGUUGGCUGUCUAAUUCUUUUUUAUGGGCUCUCCUAUAGUUAUUCUCAAAAUCCUGAUCACUACGAAGAUGAAAUAAAUGGAAUCAGCCAAAGCAGUCUCUUAGUACUUUUAAUACCUUACCUUCACUUUAUCAUUUUUGUUUUUGUUCUUCGUUUUCUGGAAAUGAAAUAUGGAAAAAAAUCAAUGAGAAAGGACCCUAUUUUCAGAAUAUCAUCAAAAAGUAGUGAUGCUUUUCCAAACCCAGAAGAACCAGAAGGUGAAGAUGAAGAUGUUCAAGGAGAAAGAAUAAGAACUGCAAGUGCAUUGACCUCUUUAAACCAAGAUGAGAAACCAGUCAUUAUUGCCAAUUGUCUGCGAAAGGAAUAUGAUAUCAAGAAGAAAAUGUGUUUUUCAAAGAGUAAGAAGAAACUGGCAACAAAGAACAUCUCUUUCUGUGUUAAAAAAGGUGAGGUACUGGGGUUAUUAGGACACAAUGGAGCUGGCAAAAGUACGUCUAUUAGGAUGAUAACUGGAGUCACAAGACCAACUGCAGGAGAGGUGGUACUGAAAGGGAAUAGAGCAUCCAUGAGUCAACAGGAUACUAACACAAUCAAGUUCCUUGGGUACUGUCCUCAGGAAAACUCACUCUGGAGAAACCUUACAGUAAGAGAUCAUCUGGAGGUGUAUGCUUCAGUGAAAGGAAUGAAGAAAGAUGAUGCCAUGAUUAUGAUUUCAAGACUAGCAAAUGUCCUCAAGUUACAAGAGCACAUGAAAGUUCCAGUCAAAGAAUUAUCAACAGGAAUAACUCGAAAGUUGUGCUUUGCACUGAGUAUCCUGGGUAAUCCAGCUGUUGUUCUUUUGGAUGAACCAUCAACAGGAAUGGAUCCAGAAGGGCAGCAGCAAAUGUGGCAGGUGAUUCGAACAACGUUCAAAAACAAGGAUAGUGGUGCUAUCCUAACGACACAUUAUAUGGCAGAGGCUGAGGCUGUGUGUGACCGGGUGGCCAUCAUGGUGUCGGGACAGCUAAGAUGCAUUGGUUCCAUCCAACAUCUGAAAAGCAAGUUUGGUAAAGAUUACUUACUGGAAAUAAAAGUGAAGGAAUAUGAGCAAGUUGAGGUCCUUCAUGCAGAGAUUCUAAAGCUUUUCCCACAGGCAGCUCGGCAGGAGAGGUUUUCUUCAUUAAUGGUCUAUAAAUUGCCUGUGGAGGUUGUACAUCCUCUAUCUCAGGCCUUUUCCAAGUUGGAGGCAGCUAAAUCUACCUUCAACCUGGAGGAAUAUAGUCUCUCUCAGUCUACUUUGGAACAGGUAUUCCUUGAGCUCUCAAAGGAGCAGGAGCUUGGAGAUUUGGAUGUGGAAUUGGAUACAACAGUAAAAUGGAAACUUCUCCCUCAGGAAGAGCCUUAAAGACCCAAGCUUCUUAGAAUUAUCUAUGAAUUUGUAUUAGUAAGCUUCUAUAUCAUUGCAGAAAAGUUAACCAAUUCUUUUUUUAAGUAUUUUAUAUUUUUUUUUACUUACUAGUUAAAUGUUAUAAAGACUUGUAGUCAAAGCAAUUGCCAUCACUGAAAAUGGCACUGACAAGACUGAACCCAAAGUGCAGUGAUUUCUCAUGUAUUUGUCUGUCUCCCUAAGUAAAUUUUCUGCAAAAUAUGA